UUGCAUCAUUCUACGAUUCUUCUCUAGGACCUCCCUCACCGAUUUGCGAGAAAUGGCGCGCUUCCGCCCUUGCAUAGACCUGCACGCCGGAAGCGUCAAGCAAAUCGUCGGCGGUACCCUGUCUACGACCUCGGAAUCUUCGCUCAAGACGAACUUCACCUCGGAGCACCCCGCGGGCUACUAUGCGUCGCUGUAUAAGAAGCAUAACCUUACGGGCGCGCAUGUAAUCAUGCUGGGGCCAGGGAACGAGGAGGCGGCGAAGGAGGCGUUGGAGGCGUGGAGGGGAGGGUUGCAGGUUGGAGGGGGGAUCCACGAGGGGAAUGCGAGGGAGUGGAUUGAGAGGGGGGCGGAGAAGGUGAUAAUAACAUCCUACCUCUUCCCGAAUUCCGCCUUCUCCCUCGAACGUUUACAAUCCGUACUCCGCGCCCUCGAUGACGACAAGGAUAAACUCGUUAUCGACCUCAGCUGUAGGCGCAAAGACGGGAGGUGGUUCGUAGCAACCAACAAAUGGCAGACGAUUACAGAUUUUGAGUUGAAUCAAGAAUCAAUAUCCCUCCUCGAACCCUACUGCUCCGAGUUCCUCAUCCACGCCGCCGACGUCGAAGGCCUCCAACGCGGCAUCGACGAGGAUCUCGUCGUGGCGCUGUCGAAAUGGUGCAGCAUACCCGUCACCUAUGCGGGUGGCGGCCGCAGUAUAAAAGACCUGGAGCUCGUGAAAAAGCUCAGUGGUGGGAAGGUGGAUUUGACGAUUGGAAGUGCGUUGGAUAUUUUUGGGGGGAAGGGGGUCACGUUUGAGGAGUGUGUGAGGUGGAAUGAGGAGCAGGAGAAAGAGGAGGGGAGGGCGUAGCGUGAGCAAUGAAUGUAGGGGUGUGCACUGUGGUUAGGCAGUAGAGGGGAAAAUGCAUAUGCAGGAGGAGAUGGAACCUUUCAACAGCCAAGUAGUUUGUGCCUUUUCAACGUUUCGCAAAAGCGAAGAGAUUGUAGCUGCAUAAAGUAACUCUUCUUCUUGAGAUAAGCACAAUUAAGGUACCCAAAUAUCGCGCUGAGUCU